AUGGAUUUGCCCGUGCCUUUCUCCACCAAGUACUUCAAACCUCGGUUUCCGAAUCGCACUUCCCUGGAGACGGUCCGUCAGGAUUUCAACACGUCCUUCGGCACCCUGUCUUUGCAGGACGUCUGUGAUAUGAUAGCUUUACUGCAUGCCGACAACAACACGCAGAAGACCCUGCUAAUUGUCGCCUACUUGUUCAUCAUGACCUUCUCGCUUUUCGGAAACCUGCUGGUGUGCCUCGUCGUGGUCAAGAUGAAAAUUAAGCAUGCCAUCACCAAUUUCUUCAUCUUCAAUCUGGCUUUAGCACAUCUAAUGCUAACUAUUCUCAACAUGCCGUUUACAUUGGCUCGCUUUGUGAGCAGCACUUGGGACUUCAGGAAGGCGAUGUGUCAUAUGAACCGCUUCACACAUUACUGCUCCCUCCACGUGUCCACCUUCACCCUCACUGCUAUCUCGCUGGAAAUAUAUCAGGCAAUCAUGCAUCCACUGAAGCCACGCAUGACAGCAGCCCGAGGGAUCACCUACAUCUCAUUCCUCUGGAUCAUGGCUUCCUGCUUCUCUUUGCCCCACACCAUUUACCAAAAGCUGAUGCAUUUUGAUCUUGGGCAAGACAACACCCAGCAGCUGUGCCUGCCAGACUUCCCUGCUCCCUCAGACCUCUACUGCAAGUACCUGGACUUGGUCACGUUCAUCAUACUGUACGUGGUGCCCCUGCUGGUGAUCACUGUCACCUACACCAUAGUGAGCAAGAGGCUGUGGUGGCGCAAAAUCACCAGGAACAUUAACAGCAAGCAGUGGCGCCGCAAUCAGAAGACCAUCAAGAUGCUCAUGCUGGUGGUACUUGUGUUUGCCGUCUGCUGGUUCCCCCUCAACUGCUUCAUGGUCCUCUCCGCCAGCAAUGUCAUCAGUAUCAACAACACCCUCUACUUUGCCUUCCACUGGCUCGCCAUGAGCAGCACCUGCUACAACCCCUUCAUCUACUGCUGGCUCAACAUCAAGUUCCGCACCGGGAUAAAGGCCCUGCUCCAGAUCUGUGUCUGGGAGAGGGACCCCGGCCGGGUGGACAUUCCCGCUGUGUCGCUGGAAGCAGGGAGAAGGAUUGCAUUGCCCAAGGCUGGAGGAAGGAGGAAGUCCGACGGGGAUUUGCGCAAACCUCGCCCGUUCACCUCCAGAAGGAUGUCCGAGGUCCACGGUUCGGGCAUCGAAAUGGGGAGGAUUGGGCCAACUACCUGAGCUGAAACCGAUUAACCGCCGUGUUUGCCAGCAUUGAUCUUGUGGAGCUUCGCCUGUAUCCGUGCACUAGGACUUCUAUAAAGGAUGUUGUUCGAUAUAUGGAUUUGUGAUGAAGCAGAAAACUAAUGUGUGUGAACUUUGUCUGGGUAGAAAGAUAAAUGUCGUAAAUAUUACAGCUCUAAAUAUGUUUUAACUGUAUGACUUGCUUGGCAUUUUAAUUAUCGUAAGACUACUAGUAUUUUAAGAUUAGUUUUAAAAAUAUCUGUUGUACCAGUGUCUCUCUGAUUGCUUUGUUUUGCUACAUUACUGAAUAUAUAUUACUGAAUACAAAGAACCUGAGCAGAGAUAAUCUCUUUAUCUUUGUUUUCUUUUAUUUUGGGUGUUAAUUACCUUGGCAUAGUCGGACCACAAUUCAAAAUUCUAAAUACAGAAUUAUUACAAGCUUUAUUGCUAUCCCUGGUUGGUUUCUAUGGGGUGCUUACUGUAAAUACAAGUUUAAUAUCCAAGAGCAUUGAUUUCCUUAGAUGGUUCUGUGCAAAACACUCUGAGCUGUAGGUGUUGCUUUUGAAAACUAUAGUAUAUGAAGGAGGGGGUCAGUCUGGGGGUGUGUUUGUUACCUGUUUCGCUCUGUGUUGAUCGGUAAUGUCCUUUGUAACAAAGUCAUCUUUUAAAAAAGAAAAAUGUGUUCCUUGAAUUGGAUUUAUUUGUUGAUUUAUUGUUUAAUUUGUACAAUGUGUGUUUUCUUUUUUAAACAAAUGGUUAAAGAUCUCCCACUUGUAUUCAGACUGAGCAACCUCCCUCUGUUCUGUUCUGAUGGAGAAGAGAGAGAAAGGGAGGCUCUUACACUCUCAGAUCAGUCUCUCUAUGUGCUGUACUCUUUGACCAAUAACGUUCACUGUAGAAUGCAAUGUUUGGUAUUUGUAACUAAUAAAUGGCAAA